AGAAAGUGGGAGAGAGAGGGAGAAGUCGUUCCCGCGGGAUGCGCGUUCCCAGCCCAGCGGCAGCGCGAGCGCAAGAGAUCGGCUUCCAGAAUGAGUCGUCUCUUUGUUUUACUCGUUGCUUUAAUCAUAAAGCUGGCAGCUGCUCAGGGCUUUUCAGAUGGUGGUUUGAAGAUUAAAUGUGUGGAGAAUCAAAUCACUGUCAAAUUUGGAGAAGACCUUGUUAUCCCCUGCUGCCUUCAUUUUGUGAAUGAACCCAGUGCCAUUGCUUUCACUUGGAUGAAGAUGGAAACUAUGGGAAUUAUCUACAAUUACACAAUGAGCCACAGCAGCCUGGAGGAGCAAGAACCCAGCUACCAAGACAGAGUUGAUGUCUUUGGCAACGAGAUUCCGAAAGGGAAUGUGUCCCUGAGAUUGAGGAAUGUGACAAUCUCUGACUCUGGUACCUACAAGCUCUCAGUUGCUACCCAAUCCCAAAGUACUGAGACGAUGGUUGCCGUGGGAGUAAGAGCUGUAGGUGCACAGCCGGUCAUCCACUCAUAUAUUUCUGAUCAGGGCUACUCCAAACUGGUGUGCGAGUCAUCCGGAUGGUUCCCAGCGCCGACUGUGAUCUGGGAGAAUGGCCUGGGGGUACAGCUCACACAGUACGCGCACACAGAGACAAUCAAUGGCACCGGUGGGAUCCUCCACAUGAGGAGCACGAUUGGACUAGACCAUGGGCCGAUCAGCAAUUACACCUGCACCAUGAUUGACCAGCACCUGAAUGAGGCCGUCUCGUUUGUGUUUGUUGUUCUGAUUGCAGGAUCGCCUUGGAAUAUCGUGGUUGGCACGGCUGGGACCAUUGUUUUCUCUGUGAUUUUGGCUGUUUCUGUUUACUGGAGUUGGUAGCAGGAUAGAAAAGCAGCAUAGGGUUUCCCUUGUGUGACUGUCACUGAAGACCUGUUGGUUUAAAGGACAUACCUGGUAUGAACACAAGAUGAGCUGCCCUGGGUGGAAGGAAAUUAUUUCUGCCCUGUACAUAAGAACAUGUUCUGUUUCUUCCUGGAAGACACCAGAGCCAACAGAGCUUCAGCAGACUCUACUUCCUGAGUGCAGUUCUUCUGCAAAAUUAGUGCCUUUUUAAAGAAAAUAAGUUUUUAUUUUUGCACUUUACAGUGUGGCCUCAGCACUGUGUGUGUAUGUGUGUCUAAAAUUUUAACACGAACAAUGCUUACCACAGUGAUAUUGACAAACCUAACCCACUUAUAAUCAGGAAUUCUGCAACUUGGAAUGAUGUGAUUUGUACUACUUGGUCAAUAUCUGCUUUCUCUUGAUCA